AGUGGAUUUUUACAACUGGGUGAUGUGGAAUACCUGAUCGAGCCCAUCAGGGGACACAACCAAUCGAAAGACGGUGGACAACCUCAUCUGGUCUACAGACGUUCCGCCCUACACGACAAACAAGAUUUCAAGUCAAGGUCACAGCAAGAAGGACCGACGUGUGGCGUUAAAG